AGCGUGUCCUGACCUCUGUAUAGGCUUACUCUGUGGCCUAUCUUAUGGCAGCAUUAAAUAUACCUAUAUCGUUUCAGGCGAAGGAACAUCGCAAUUGUACCAUACAUUCGGAGCCAACCAGGAUAGUGUCUUGGGGUUUCGAGGAUUUGGAACACGAUGGGGAGAUUGAUGAACUCUCGAGAAAGCCAUCGUGGGGUGCAGUCGUGGGAUGCUCGGAUGGCAGUAUCUAUGUCUUCAGUCCGAACCUCUCAAAACGUACUCGACGGAAGUCGACUAUAGCCAAGCGUCGGUUCUCUGGAGGGUGUGAACCACCACAUCUGCCCUAUCGACGCCAACAGCAUCUCUCCCUUUCCCGUUCUCGUAAUGCUUCUCCAUCGGGAUCCAGGACCAACUUGACAGCACAGUCAUCCAAGUCGCGUGCUGUCUCUGGAUUGUCGAAGGAGCAAGUAGAGGCUCCGAAAAAUUACGUCGAUUUCGAUGACGAACAGGAGAAGAUGAAGGGUAUGAUCGCAGAAAGAAAAGUGAAGGAUGUUAAGGACCGGUCACCUCGAGCAUCGUAUAUGCUCGGCCAUGACUUACCAGCUCGUCGGUUCGAUGAUACACUUUCGAUUGCCUCUGUAGAGACCUCUUCGACUAUGCUUUCUCCCCCGUUGUCACCAAUCCUUGGACCGACAAAUACGGGAAGCUACCGCAAACUUCUUCAGUUGCGGGUGCGUAUUUUGCCUCGCGAUUUCGGUUCUGAGCAUUCGGUCGUUUCUUUGAGUGUUCUGGAGGACAGCGAAAUGUUCUUAUCUCUCCAGGAAUCUGGGAAGGUUUCUCUGUUCAAGAGCAUGGAUGGUAUCUGUGUUGCUUCUGCCGAACCAGGCACAGUACCUGCAUCCUUCAAGACGACAGUGGUAUCUCACGGAUCAGGGUCUCAGGUUCUGUGGGCAUGGCAAAGCCUGCACAUUUUUCCCGUCAACGAGACUUCUAUAGUUGUUGCGCUCGCAAAAGCGGACGACCGUACGAUCUCCCUUGAUAGCGGCGAGGCAGAUGAAAAGACACGUUUUGCUGUAUACGAGCUUACCGGGUCAAAAGAUCACGAAUUUGGGGAGACAUCUCUGUCGCAAAUUGGUGACCUAAUCCUGGAAGGACAUGCUGAAGGAUUUGUCGUGUGCCAGGAUGAUUCCGGAAGUAUCAAGCUAUAUCAGGUCGAGAACGACACGUCACUUACUGUACGGACGCUUACCAUUCUUCCGCGCCUGGUAGUCAUGCAUUCUGGAGCCCGUUCACGACAUGAUUCUCAUAUGUCAUCAAAUGGCAUAAAUUUGCCUCAGUCUAUUCGAAAUUUACUGUCACGGAACGAACAACAGUCAGACUCUGGAGAGCCAAACCAGGACUACCCACGUUUUAGUCUGCAAUACGAACAUGGGUUCGGUAAACUGCCUCUGACAGGUACAGUCAAGGGUUUGGACAUACGAAGAGUCGGAAAGAAUCAGUUCGGGAUUGCAUGGUCGACAGACGAGCUCACCGCUUUUACUUUGCAUGAAAGCACUGUCAUUAUGCGAAGUGUCAUUCCCGUUCAAGCUGGAUUAAGACAAGCUGAGUGGAUUGACCCAGUAAAGAUCCAAUUGUUGUUUCAGGACAGUAUGAAGACGUAUAGUCUGCCUGAGGUCGUAUCCAACGAAAGCUCCGAUUCCGGUCAUGGAAAGCCACUUCACACGACGACGACCUUAUUCUCGUCUGUCCCCCUACCUGGAAGUCGGACUAUUUGUUCUACACAGCAAGAUCACCAGCAACGAAUUUUCCUGGAAAUGGGUGCUGAGAAACAACAGAUAUCGAUUUUGCCGCGAUGUGCUUCGAAGAGCACACAACAGGAAAAGGCUACGACCAUCUGGACUAUGCCGGCUUCGACGCCUGCCGUGACGGGUGCAUUUCACCGUAUCACUGCUACAUUGCCUAUAGAGCUUAACACCAUUGUGAUCGGUUAUGAUGAUGGAUACCUCAACAAACUAUCCCUGGAGCGCCUUAUAUAUUCGCAAAACGAGGCUCCAAAUUCGGCCUUUGACGAGAUCAAUUGUGCUGUUCUCAGUCUUUUUGUCAUUCAGAACCCACAAACAGGGCAGCGCUUGGUAAUAAGUGGAGGCGACGAUGGAUCAAUUGCAUUCUGGGACCUCGCUACUCUAAAGCUCCUAGCGCGAUGGGUCGUUUUUACUGAACCCCUAGCACAGGUUGUCCACAUGGGUGACGAUUUCACCAGUCGAUUGCGUGGUUGCUGCAUGUGCAUUUCUAGCGACGGAACUAUUGCUGUUAUAGCGAUCGACGGCUUUAACUUUCUGUAUCUUAUCCCAGGCUCGCCUGCACGCCUGCAGACUCUUUGCCUUGGUUCGGAUAAUCUCAUGCUUUUCUACGUUGAUGGCCGCACGCGAAUAUGGGAUGUCAAGACGCGAGAAUUUCGACGCUCGAUGAAUUCAGAAAAGGCGGCUGAGAUGCUCUCGCAGGAUGACUGGUUCAUAGCCGACAUCGAGGACAGCAAAUCGGCGCGGUCGGCUUGUGUAUCCACUAUCUUGAAUAGGUCUUCGGCGCAGGGCGAUCCACCUCCGGCUUUGGUUUUUGAGGCCCAGUCCUUGCUUGAAAAUUUCUCCCGUUCUACAUUUACAAAGGUGUCAGAGCAGAUCAGGCCCUCCCAUCUGCAGACACUCUUAGCGGCAUUGCAUAUUCCGGGGAUGGACGAACACUCUGACCGAUUGUUAAACGAUAUCCUUAAGAGUCAGACGACGUCUAUCAUUGCAACACCAGGAUUCUUCGAUACACAACGCAAUUAUCAAUCAUUCUUCUCAGAUACUCCCCAGGCAGUAUGGCAUUUGUCACCGGAAAUCACAGCCGUGCGGCUGUUGGCCAUUGUCGCCUUGCUCAAUGCGUUAUCUGCAAUAGCCGGAUUUGAGCAGUCUGCAAAUGCGAUAUCGACAUUCUAUACGGUAUCAUUGGCUUCAUUUAUUGGGCCUAGUUAUCAGGCACCCAGUUUGGCCGUAUUAGCGUAUUACUGGAACGAGUCCGAGGUUGACGAUAUACGAUCUGCUGCCAAACUUCUCUUCGACAGUGAGAUCGCGAGGCUUCCGGAUGACGAGAUUGCAAUGGUCGUCGAGAAAUGGCGACAUAGGCUGCCUUGCAUUCUUCCUGAGGAUCAGAGGCAGUCUGCCAAAGCCGCACUUGCACUCUGCAUCUGCGGAAACAUCGCGAUUGAAAAAUUUGCGUUGUUAUCCUCCACAACGUUGUCUGACGUUGCAAAAUCCGUUUUGUUGUACUUUAACGAUGACACGUCUCCGCACCGAGUACUCGCUAUUGAUUUGUGUUCUCGUGGUUUCGAGACCUGGCAGCAAUACUUCGACGCGAUGGAAGCACUUCGUUCCCUCUUCGUUCUCGCCACGACGUCGCGCAAGGAAGCAAUAUCUACAAGGAAUCCUGGCCCAUACGCGCGUAUGGCUGUCCUGCAGAUUGCGUCAAGUAACAGCCCACUGUUCGUUACAACGUUAUCUCUGGACAUCCUCCACCCGAGAUCACUCGAAUACAGCAAAUCCGUGUUACAAAUCAUCGCCUUUCUAAUUCGGAAGAAACCUCUGGUCCUUUAUCCGAAUUUGCCCCGUUUAAUGGAGGCGGUGGUGAAGUCUCUGGACCCGGGCCAGAACGCGGAACGCGAGGCGGUCCAGGACUCUGUUACCGAAAUUAUCGCCUUGGUCGUGCAAACGUUCCCAACACUCGAUUUCCACGCCGGCAGCCAGCGAUUGGCAGUCGGGACGAAUGAAGGAGCUGUUAUCAUGUAUGACCUCAAAACAGCUACUCGACUGUAUGUUCUGGAAGGACACCGGAAAGGACUUGCCGGUAUCUGCUUCUCACCAGAUGGUCGAAGAAUGGUCACGUUGUCAGUCGAAGAAAGCGUUCUAUUAGUGUGGAAGGUUGGCUCCAGCUUCACGAGCUUCUUCCAUCCGGGUGCUCCUCCGCGGCAAGGUCGGAGCGGAUCUGAACCUUAUAAAACGCUCAACUUUGUUCUUCAAGAUCACGCGACUUUGACGAUAGAGGCCUCUCUCAAGCAGAUUCACUUCAAAUGGCCCUCGGACAGGAGUGUUCAAGUUCAAAUUCGAGAUGCAGUUUUUACAUUCAGCACUUAGAACGCAUCCUUCUUGUCUUAUCUUUAUACUCACCAC